AUGCCUGCCGCGCGCUCCAAAAAGAGCUUGACAGGAUGUAGAUCUCCGCGAAAGGUAUUGAAAGUUGGAAAUAACGUGGAUAACACCAAUAUCAUCAGCGAGUUGUCCAAGCCGAUCCCAGUGAGCAAUAUAUCACAAUGGAGAAGUGGCAGUCAAAGGCAUGGAGCAGCGGAGCCUGCAGAGCAACCUCAAUCUGAUUUACCUCAAGCAUACUAG